GUAAGGCAUCGUCGUCAAUCACACAACCCCAAAACCCUCUCAAACCACACAGAGACACAUUCCAUUUCACUCUCCCAGUGAGAGAGAAGUUUUACCAGAACCAGCCUCGUCGUCAAAUCAACUAGGUUCCAUUUUGCUUGUGGCAAUUGCCCAAGCUGCCAAACCCAACAAACAAUAACAAAAGAAAACAAAGCUCUCUGGUUGGGCCUAACUGACCUCUCUCUCUCUCUCUCUCUCAGACCUGCAAAUCCCAACAAGCGUCUCUCUACCGCUUAUCUUCGCAAAUCUUAUCCACACCUCUCUGUCUUCUUCUUCAUCAUCAUCAUCAUCAUCUUCUCUGCUGCACAAGAAAACCAUAUCUAAAUCUCUCCUCCUCCUCCUCUCCCUUAUUAAAUUUAUUUCCUUUCUUCUUCAUAUAUCUCUAAAACCCAAUCUCCUUGUUGGGUCAGUCUAGCUAUCUCUCUCUCUCUCUGAAACCCUCGAGUAAUCGCCGUGCUUAACGCAUACCUCUAUUAGAUUCAAUCGAGGGUUUUUUUUUUCUGUUUUUUACUUUCUUAUUUAUCUUCCCUUAUCGGUUCCCGUCAGUUUUCGGAAAAAUUUUGGGUACUCUCGUAGAAAAAUGGCUUUGGCGUCGGCUUUGCUGGAGAUUCUGCGAAGACCCACGAUUGUUGAAAUGCUGGGGGAGCUCGUCAAGUUCAUAACCCCUCUUUGGAUUGCUGUGAUUGUCGGGGUUUUCGUUGGGUGGGCGUGGCGGCCCAAAUGGGUGACCGUGGUUGGUAGAGAAUUGUUGGAUAGCUCCACACAAAAGGAGUCAUCUUCCUCAUCUCCGCCCGCACCAUCCACGACGUGUGGGAUUUCGAUUUCGAGUUUGAGUUCGUUGCUGCCGAAUUGCAUUCCUUGGGCUGCUGACGAUAGAAAUCUGAACCAGGCACCUACCACCAAUAAUGAUUGCAGCUCACAGAUUGAACAAGAAGAAUCCUGUAAUGUCUCCAAUGAGGAUCUACGCCACAUAUGUCAGCUUGUGGAGGAGAAAGAUGGCGGUCCUGCGUGGAUUCAUAUGAUGGAUCGGUCAACCCCAACUAUGGGAUAUCAAGCAUGGCGUAGGGAUCCUCAGACUGGACCUCCACAAUACCGAAGUAGAACUGUAUUCGAAGAUGCUUCACCUGAGACAGUGAGGGAUUUCUUUUGGGAUGAUGAAUUUCGUGCAAAGUGGGAUGAUAUGCUUAUUCAUGCUUCUACUUUGGAAGAAUGCCCGACUACUGGAACCAUGCUAGUGCACUGGGUCCGCAAGUUUCCAUUCUUUUGUAGCGACAGAGAUUACACGAUAGGCCGUCGCAUUUGGGAAUCGGGGCGAUCAUACUACUGUGUAACUAAGGGAGUUCCUUCCUCUGCUGUGCCAAGGCGUGACAAACCUAGACGUGUUGAUCUGUACUAUUCAAGUUGGUGCAUACGUGCAGUUGAAUCAAAAAGAGGGGAUGGCCAACUUACUUCAUGUGAGGUUUUACUGUUUCACCAUGAAGAUAUGGGUAUUCCAUGGGAGAUUGCGAAACUUGGUGUUCGUCAAGGUAUGUGGGGAGCUGUUAAAAAGAUUGAACCAGGCCUACGUUUAUAUCAAAAGGAAAGAGCCGCUGAAGCACCACUUUCGCGGUGUGCUAAAAUGGCUCAGAUCAACACGAAAGUCAGUGCUGAUUACUUGAGAUCGGUAGAAAACAGCACUAAGGAUUCCAUGGAGGUUGAAAAUUCAGAUUCAGCGGAGAAACCAGGAAGGAGGAAUAUACCUAAAGCUCUAGUUGUUGGAGGGGCAAUAGUUCUUGCUUGCAGUCUUGAUCGGGGCCUCUUGACUAAGGCAGUUAUAUUUGGAGUAGCUCGAAGAUUUGCCAAGAUCGGGAGGAGGUUGUGAUCCAACAUGGUUAUUGCAUCAUUCAAGAGACGCCAAAGCUAAUGUCUGUCGAGAGAAUUGAGGAAUUGCCAAGUGAUGAAUAUUCGAACUUGACCCCUUUCAACAGGAUUGGAGGUGUCGAAUUCUGUCUCCAUUUUGUUUUAGCUAUGAAUAUAGCUUUAAUUGUAUAAGUACACCCCCCAGGCCGAAAGAGAGGAAAGCAAGACGUGAGAGCGUAUAGCUAUAUUCAUUAAAGUAGGAAAUGUCAUGAAAGGAUCUUGUUCUGCAAGAAUAAACAGAAAUGCUCAGGUUCUUUUAAUGUUCAUUUUCUUUCUUCAAUUCAUUGAUCUUCACAAGUAAUUGAU